AUGCGAUUCGAGGCUCACAUCGCGGUGCACGCACCACCAAAGAGCAGUACUAACUUUCCGCCGUCAUCUACAUCGACCGGACCGGAAAAGAAGGGCCCGCGAGGAACUGGAGGAGGUAAGGCCACGUCGAGCGAAGCUAAGCUGGCGACGGUGUCGUACAAAGCGAAGCCUCCAGCGUCAUCUAAGACAGAAAAACCAGACAAAAAGUGUUUUAAGUGUGGCGAUCCGACCCAUGGUGUUUUCCAAUGCCCGAACAUUGCUAGUCUACUGGAGGCGAAGGAAAUAUACGAGAAGAGCGCUGAAAAAAAGGCGAUGAAGCCCGUUUUGGUAGCCACUUCCGGGGAAACGACGCAGGAGUCGUCUGCAUCGAUUCCUUGCCUGGUGAUGGGAGCUGUGGAGACUUUAAUCACUCCCGACAGUGCCUCCGUGUCUCUAGUGACAAUGAAAUUGAUUAACGACUUGAAGUCGGCCGAAGGAGAGGUAGAGAUGCAGCCUUUGGCAAAGCCAUCAGGCGUGACCGGC